AUGAAGAACCACCCAUGCGACGACCAUGAGACUGAUGAGGAAGAACCAGAAAUGACGCCGGAAUCGACUGCUGAACAAGACCUUCGUUUGGCGGAGUUUCGAGCACGGUGUGCGAGGAUGCGAGAGAAUACGGAGCGCGAGCUUGCGAGACUCGCUCAGCACCGUGCAGACGUCCGGGUGCAGAUCGGAAUCACGUCGGCGACCAUGGAGCAGUGGAAGCUGGAGCAUCAGCAAAUGCUGCGGGGCUCACAGCAGUGA